CGUGUGGCAGUGCGGUAGGAGGUCGGUGUAGUAGUGCGGUCCAGUCGACUCGCGCGUCGUAGCUAGUGGGGCCGCCCGGGAGCACGACCGCCGCGCAGCCAUGAUGACCGACGAGGGCCACCUGUUCCUGACGGAGCUGCCGCCGCAGCUGGUGGUGCACCGAAGCGCGCGGCACCACCUGCAGUUCCACCCGUAUUCGGCGGCCGCUUUCCUGCACCAGCCGCACCUCGAGAGCGUGACGUCCGCCGCGCACCACGCGCUGUCGGCCGAGGUGUCGGCGCACCUGGGCAAGCACUCCAAGGCGGCGCCGCCGUCGUCGUCGUCCUCGUCGUCGCACCACGGCCACCACCACCACCAUCACCACCACCACCAGCAGUCGCAGCAGCAGCAGCACGCGCAGCAGGAGGUGGCGGGCGCGCCGGACGGCAGUCAGACGCACGUGUCUUGCCUGUACCCCGAGAUCCUGGCGCUGAUCUUCGGCUACCUGGACGUGCGCGACAAGGGCCGCGCGGCGCAGGUGUGCACGUCGUGGCGCGACGCGGCCUACCACAAGUCGGUGUGGCGCGGCGUCGAGGCGAAGCUGCACCUGCGGCGCGCCAACCCGUCGCUGUUCGCCAGCCUGGUGCGCCGCGGCAUCCGGCGCGUGCAGGUGCUGUCGCUGCGGCGCAGCUUGCGCGACGUGGUGCAGGGCGUGCCCAACAUCGAGUCGCUCAACCUGUCCGGCUGCUACAACGUCACCGACAUCGGCCUGUCGCACGCGUUCGUGGCCGAGGUGCCGUCGCUGACGCACCUCGACCUGUCGCUGUGCAAGCAGGUGACGGACACCAGCCUGGGCCGCAUCGCGCAGUACCUCAAGAACCUCGAGUCGCUGGAGCUGGGCGGCUGCUGCAACGUCACCAACACCGGCCUGCUGCUGAUCGCGUGGGGCCUCCGCCGCCUGCGCAGGCUGAACCUGCGCUCGUGCUGGCACAUCUCCGACCAGGGCAUCUCCUACCUCGCCGGCCUCAACCGCGACAACGCCGACGGCAACCUCGCCCUCGAGUACCUCGGACUGCAGGACUGCCAGCGGCUGUCGGACGAGGCGCUCAAGCACGUGUCGACGGGCCUGACGACGCUCAAGAGCAUCAACCUGAGCUUCUGCAUCUCCAUCACGGACAGCGGGCUCAAGCACCUGGCCAAGAUGGCGUCGCUGCGCGAGCUCAACCUGCGCGCGUGCGACAACAUCUCGGACGUGGGCAUGGCCUACCUGGCGGAGGGCGGGUCGCGCGUCUCGCACCUCGACGUCAGCUUCUGCGACAAGAUCGGCGACCAGGCGCUGGCGCACGUGUCGCAGGGGCUGUUCCACCUGCGCUCGCUGUCGCUGUCCGCGUGCCAGAUCUCGGACGAGGGCGUGUGCCGCGUCGCCGAGACGCUGCACGACCUCGAGACGCUCAACAUCGGCCAGUGCAACCGCAUCACCGACAAGGGGCUCACCACCAUCGCCGAGUCGCUGCGCCACCUGCGCUGCAUCGACCUGUACGGCUGCACGCGCAUCACCACGCAGGGCCUGGAGCGCAUCAUGCGGCUGCCGCAGCUGAGCACGCUCAACCUGGGCCUGUGGCACGUCAGGUGAGCCGCCGGCCCCGGUCACUGAGUCGACGCUCGACCAGACGACGCCCGCCCUCCUCCUACUCGUCGCCGUGCUGUUCGCUCGCUAGUCCUGUGCCGUGACGCCCACUGGACACCGACGACAGCCCCGUGCCGAGCGUCAACGUCCUGCCGCGUCGGUUGUCGAGGCUGCUGCUGCUCUGGUCAGUUACGAGUUGAAGCAGCAGGGCCGAGGACCAUAAGGACAUUGCCUCGGCUGACAAUAGCACUUUUCUCCACGCUUGCUCGUAUCUCGUCAAGUUAUCAGCUCCCCACAUUGUUGCAGGUGCAAUAGACUGAGAUUAGGAUAUAUAUAUCUAUAAAUACAUGGUGCUGUUCAAGGACUCAGUGCGGUUCUCUGUCGAAUCACCAGCUCUAAAUGUCAUCAGUGUCGCACACUGUCGAUAUACAAUAGUAUAUUAAUACACUGCGACGCACCGUUUACUCUCUACUAGCAAGCUUUCAGGUGACAGUCAUCUACAGAUUAGGCCACCCUGCUGGGGCAGCUAUUCCACAAGUAUCAGACAGAUAUAUUGUGUUUUGUGCACCAGCAGUUAAGGUGGUCGUACUGUGUCAGUUCUCCACCUUGCAACCCGAGUCUCCUCCACUGUAAUUCCUCAACAAGUGGACGUCGACAGACUAGUGUACGGGUCUGACAUCUACACCUACACAAUGAAUGGGCUACUGCGCCCCGUGCUGGUUCCGCGUAACUGACUUGCCAUUACACGGAGCUCCACUUGUUGGUGGUCAGCCACGCAGAUGAUUAAUCGGCGCCUUACUGGAUGCAGCAUUUCCAUGUUUGAACACCGACAAUAAAUUAUUUCAUCUUCGGUAGUUGCCGUCCUAGGGUUCAGCAAUGGACGUUGCAGUCGUCCUCGAGCUGAGAGGCAGAAUGAAAGCGCUAGUGAAGUUGUGAGAGGCAUUUGCUGCCGGCCAGCAUGCCGUAGUGUCGCAGAACUGGAGAGUUGCAGUGCACAGCGGGACUACUACAAAAACUGGAGAGGCUGACAGCGUACUGUCAACUCUUGUGUAUUGAUUUUCAGCUUUCGUAAAGUUGAGUGGUUACUGUUAUACACCGCCUUCUGGACACAUCUCUGCCCAACAGCUCUUGCUCAAGUAUUUUACUACUGCUGCAAUUAUCUGCUACGCGUGUAUUUCGUUCUUGGGCACUUGUACUUUACAUCUCACAAGGUUCAUGCUGCAGUAUGGUAAAUAGUAUGGACGACUGCUAGUUUCAUUCAAAUGAGGGCAGAAUACGUAAAUCAUUUGGUGAUACUAAGCUGAUAAUCUUCUUCAAUGCCACCUGUGGAUCACCAGAGAUGUCGACUGUUGGAGAUCCGUUCAUCAGCAACACUGCAACGAAAGUAGUUCGCGGUAGUUGUUCGCUGUACUUUGUUCCGUGGUGGGAGACGACACUCAUAACUUAGGCUGCUGACGGCACAAGCAGGGCCCGUCGCGCCGGCUCAGAAAUUACACGUGUGGAGCUUCCCACUUUGAAAUGUAACCAUAUUGCCUUUUAAUCAAAAUUAAAAUUAUUGUAUAAAUUUUA